UAUAAUCAACAAGUACUCUCACGUAGCUCAGUGGCUUAGUAGCUACUUAGGGUGCAAAUGGCCGGAGCACCGACCUUAGCCUUCUCCGUCAGGCGGCGCGAGCGCGAGCUGGUGGCGCCGGCGAAACCGACGCCGUACGAGUUCAAGAUGCUGUCGGACAUCGACGACCAGGACAUCCUUCGCUUCAACCGCUCCGGCAUCCUCUUCUACCGCCACAGCCCCUCCAAGGACGGCCUCGACCCUGUCAAGGUGAUCAAGGCGGCGAUCUCGGAGACGCUCGUGCACUUCUACCCCGUCGCCGGUCGGUUCCGUGAGCUGCGGCCAACUAGGAAGCUUGUGGUGGAGUGCACCGGCGAAGGCGUCGUGUUCGUCGAGGCCGACGCCAACUUCCGGAUGGAUGAGCUCGGGACGUCGCUGGCGCCGCCGGUGCCGUGCUAUGACAUGUUGCUGUGCGAGCCGGAGAGCCCGACGGCAGAUGUAGUUGACCGUCCUUUGCUGUUUAUUCAGGUGACGCGGCUGGCGUGCGGCGGCUUCGUGUUCGGGAUGCACAUAUGCCAUUGCAUGGCGGACGGCUCUGGGAUAGUGCAGUUUCUGACUGCACUGACCGAGUUCGCCCGUGGCGUGCACGGAGCCCCGACGGUGCGCCCGGUGUGGGAGCGCGAGGUGCUCACCGCCCGAUGGCCGCCGACCGUCACGCGCGACCACGUGGAGUACACACCCCUGCCCAACCCCGGCAAGGACGUGCUCUCCCCCACUGACGCGUACGCACACCACGUCUUCUUCUUUGGGGCGAGUGAGAUCGCGGCGCUCAGGUCGCAGGCGCCGCCCGACCUGCGCGCCGUCAGCUCCCGGUUCGACCUGGUGGGAGCGUUCAUGUGGCGCUGCCGCACCGCCGCGCUGCGGUACGACCCGGGAGACGUCGUCCGCCUGCACAUGUUCGUGAACGCCCGCGUCAGGAACCGGAGCAAGCGGCCCGUGCCGAGGGGCUACUACGGCAACGCGAUUGUGUUCGCUGCCGCGUCCGUGCCGGCGGGGGAGCUUUGGCGGAGGCCCUUCGGCUACGCGCUGCGGCUGCUCAUGCAGGCCAAGGCGCGUGCGUCGGAGGAGGGGUAUGUGCAGUCGGUGGCCAACUUCAACGCGGCUCACCGGAGGCCGCCGUUCCCUAAGGCCAGGACGUACCUCAUCUCGGACAUGACACAGGCCGGGCUGAUGGCCAUCGACUUCGGCUGGGGAAAGCCGGUGUAUGGAGGGCCGGCGACGACAAUGCUGGCCACGUUUCACCUUGAGGGGAGGAAUGAGGUUGGUGAGGCAGGCGUCAUUGUGCCCAUAAGGUUGCCGAAUCCAGUGAUAGAGAGGCUAAUACAGGAGGUGAACAAGGGGCUCACUGCCGGAGCUGUUGCCGACGCAAAAGCAAACGUGGUACCUGAUGAUUGCGUUCUAGCAAAACUGUAGGUCCUCUCGACGAAAGUACGGACUACUACGGAUUGAAAGCUUCCUCUUAUAGUACGGCCACAAGUGUUCUAUCGGAUAUAAUACUAAUUUCAAAUAAUAACAACAAUAAUAAAGCCAAGCUCUGUGACCAUGUGGGUUGUGCCAAGUUAGGCAUCCCGCUGUCAAAAGUGGAUUGCAAUUUGCAACAA